AUGGCUGUCACGAAUGGAGACAGGUCAAAAUUGCCUGUCUUGUUCUUCGACAUUGACAACUGUCUCUAUGCGCGAAGCACAAAAGUACAAGAGCUCAUGUCUGAGCUUAUUGACAAAUUCUUUGCCCAGCAUCUGAGCCUGCCCCACGAGGAGGCGGUGCGGCUACACACGGAGUACUACACAAAUUACGGUCUGGCAAUUGAGGGCCUCGUGCGACACCACGAGAUUGAUCCUAUGGAGUAUAACGCCAAGGUAGACGACGCUCUGCCGCUGGAAUCGAUCAUUAAGCCGAAUCCGGAGCUGCGCCAGCUUCUCCAGGACAUUGACAGAAGCAAGGUCAGGCUAUGGCUGUUCACCAACGCCUACAAGACGCAUGGCGAGCGUGUUGUGAAGCUCAUCUGUAUCGAGGAUCAGUUUGAGGGAUUGAUAUACUGCGACUAUUCUGCGGUGCCGUUUGUCUGCAAGCCUGGUCUUGAGAGCUACAAAAGGGCCAUGCGUCAAGCUGGCAUUGAGAACCCCGCGGACUGCUACUUUGUCGAUGAUUCGUACAACAAUUGCAAGAAUGCCCAGGCGUUUGGGUGGACCGCCGCACACUUGGUUGAGGAGGGCCUCGUGGAACCUGCGACAAAAGCCUCGCAAUUCCAAAUCAAGCAUCUGAGGGAGCUCCGUGACAUUUAUCCCCAAUUUUUCAAGUCCAGUUGA